AUGGCUCGGUGCCUUGCUCUCCUGGGAUGGCUGCACGCCGCCCAAGCCCUGCAGCAGGCGCCGAUCACGCUCCUGAGCGGCUUCCUGGGUGCGGGCAAGACGACGCUCCUCGAACGCCUGUUAAAAAAUGACGACGGUCUGAGGAUCGGGUGCCUCGUGAACGACGUCGCGUCCCUGAAUAUUGACGGUGCCAUAGCCGAGACCGCGUCGAAUGACGAUGCCUUCGUGGUAACAAUGUCGAACGGCUGCGCGUGCUGCACGGCGCGCGACGGCCUCGUGGAGGGCGUGCGGCAAUUAAGAAGGGCGGCGGCCUUCGACCACAUCGUGGUCGAGGCGACGGGCGUGGCCGAGCCGGCGGCGAUGCGCGACGCGCUCGCGGGUUGCGGCGGGCUGGACACGCUCGUGACGGUGGUGGACGCGUCGGUCUUCGCGCAAGGGUUGUGGGCCACGGGCGCGCGCGUGCUGGAGAGGCGGGAUUUGGGUCUGGACGGCCUGGCCUCGGUGUACGACGUACUAAGCUCGGCGGGGUUGUGGCGCGGCGUCGCGGACCUGCUGGCGGAGCAGGUCGAGUGCGCGGACGUUGUGCUCCUCAACAAGGUCGACGCAGCGUCGGACGAGGACGUGGUUGUUGCUGAGAACAUUUGUAAAGCGUUGAACCCCGACGCUAUCAUUCACAAAGUGACGCGCUGCGACGUGCCGCUGGACGAGGUCCUCGGCGUCAUGCGCGGCGCCGGAAAGGCGGCCGACGUCGUCGCCGCGGCGCCCGCGGCAUUCUUCGCCCCGACGCUCGCGCGGCCGGCGCGCCUCGACGCCGCGACGCACGUCUACGAGCGCGGCCGGCCCUUCUCGCCGGCGCGCUUUGCCGAGGCGGUCGAGGCCGGGGCGCUCUCGGAGGCCUACCGCUCGAAGGGGUCGCUCUGGCUCGCGGCGGCCGCGGAGCGGGCCUACGCCUGGUCCCAGGCCGGCGGCGCGCGCGGCGCGUCGCCCGCGGGGCCGUGCGGCAUCUGGGCCGGCGCGCCGCGGACGCAGCUGGCCUUCGUCGGGGCGCCGGGCACGGACUUUGAAGCCAUCGACGCGGCGCUCGACGCGUGCCUGCUGGGCGACCGCGAGCUCGCCUUAUACGACAUGACGCCCGACGACGAGCAGCGCGGAUGGAACUUCCCCGUGCCCGAGUCGCUGUUAAGUGGAUAG